AUGGCAUUACUGUGUGGCCCUGGGCAAGUCACUCUCCGUCUCUGGGUCUCACUUUUUCCCCCAGUUCGAAAAAAAAAAACAACUAUACUGGGUUCUUCUCUGUUUCGCAGGAGCGGCGGCAUGGAGGCUUUGACCACUCAGCUGGGGCCGGGACUCGAGGGCAGCUCAUCUCCCAACUCCAAACAGGAACUGCAGCCCUACUCGGGCUCUAGCGCCCUCAAGCCCAACCAAGUGGGCGAGACGUCUCUGUACGGGGUGCCUAUCGUGUCGUUGGUCAUCGACGGCCAGGAGCGCCUGUGCCUGGCGCAGAUCUCCAACACCCUCCUCAAGAACUACAGCUACAAUGAGAUCCACAAUCGGCGCGUGGCCCUGGGCAUCACGUGCGUGCAAUGCACGCCGGUGCAGCUGGAGAUCCUGCGUCGGGCCGGGGCCAUGCCCAUCUCCUCGCGCCGCUGCGGCAUGAUCACCAAGCGAGAGGCCGAACGCUUGUGCAAGUCAUUCCUCGGUGAACACAAGCCCCCCAAGCUGCCCGAGAACUUCGCCUUCGAUGUGGUGCACGAGUGUGCGUGGGGCUCGCGUGGCAGUUUCAUUCCCGCGCGUUACAACAGCUCGCGUGCCAAGUGCAUCAAAUGCGGCUACUGCAGCAUGUACUUCUCACCUAACAAGUUCAUCUUCCACUCGCACCGCACACCCGACGCCAAGUACACUCAGCCUGACGCCGCCAACUUCAACUCGUGGCGCCGGCACCUCAAACUCAGCGAUAAGUCGGCCACGGACGAGCUGAGCCACGCUUGGGAGGACGUCAAGGCCAUGUUUAACGGCGGCACGCGCAAGCGGACCUUCUCCUUGCAAGGAAGCAGCGCGAAUGGCGGGUCGGGUGGGCAAGGGAAGGGUGGCGCUGGCGGCGGGGGCGGCGGGGGCCCGGGGUGCGGCACGGACAUGGCCCCAGGCCCGCCGCCCCACAAAAACCUGCGCUGUGGCGAAGAUGAGGCGGCUGGGCCUCCGGGGCCCCCGCCGCCCCACCCUCCGCGCGGACUCGGCCUGGCGGCGGCGGCCGCGGGACCGACGGGCCCGGGAGGACCUGGUGGCGGCGCGGGUGUGCGCAGCUACCCGGUGAUCCCCGUGCCCAGCAAAGGCUUUGGACUCUUGCAAAAGCUGCCCCCGCCGCUUUUCCCGCAUCCUUACGGCUUCCCCACGGCCUUCGGCCUAUGUCCCAAAAAGGACGAUCCAGUAUUGGGCGCGGGAGAGCCCAAGGGUGGCCCUAGCGCCGGGAGCGGUGGCGGCGCGGGCACUGGCACCGGUGCGGGCGGCCCGGGAGCCGGCCACUUGCCCCCGGGGGCAGGGGCGGGCCCGGGUGGCGGUGCCAUGUUCUGGGGGCAUCAACCCUCUGGAGCAGCCAAGGAUGCGGCGGCCGUGGCUGCCGCCGCGGCCGCCGCCACGGUGUAUCCGACGUUCCCCAUGUUCUGGCCCGCGGCGGGCAGCCUCCCGGUGCCGCCCUACCCGGCCGCUCAGAGCCAAGCCAAGGCCGUGGCGGCCGCGGUGGCGGCGGCGGCCGCGGCGGCGGCGGCGGCCGCAGGGGGUGGCGGACCGGAGCCCCUGGACGGUGCUGAGCCCGCCAAGGAGGGCGGCCUGGGCGCGGAGGAGCGCUGUGCCAGCGCCCUGUCCCGAGGGCCCCUGGACGAGGACGGCGCGGAGGAGGCUCUCCCGCCGCCGCUGGGCCCGCUGCCGCCGCCGCCGCCGCCGCCCCCUGCGCGCAAAGGCUCCUACGUGUCUGCCUUCCGCCCCGUGGUCAAGGACGCGGAGAGCAUCGCCAAGCUGUACGGCAGUGCCCGCGAGGCGUACGGCGCGGGGCCUGCUCGCGGGCCGGGGCCAGGCACCGCGACCGGCGGCGGCUACGUGAGCCCGGACUUCCUGAGCGAGGGCAGCUCCAGCUACCAUUCCGCCUCACCCGACGUGGACACUGCGGACGAGCCGGAGGUGGACGUGGAGUCCAACCGCUUCCCCGACGAUGAAAGCGCCCAGGAUGAGACCGAGCCUAGCGCGCCCAGCGGAGGAGCUGGCCCAGAGAGUGACCAGCGGAUCGGGCCCCCAUCUGCCGCCUCCUCGGGCGCAGACGGGCCCGCAGACUCUCCCGAUGGCGGAAGCCCUCGUCCCCGGCGCCGCCUCGGGCCAGCCGCCAGCGAUGGGGCUGCGUUUGGGGACUUGGCGGCCGACGACGCGGUCCGGAGACCCGAGAGGAGCCCGCCGAGCGGCGGCUACGAGCUUCGAGAGCCUUGUGGGUCUCUGGGAGGCCCCGCGACGGCCAAGGUGUACGCGCCCGAGAGGGACGAGCUUGGGAAGAGCGCGACGGCGGCGCUGGGGUCCGCGGCCACCUAUCUCUGCACCCCCGAGGCCCACGAACCCGAUAAGGAAGACAAUCACUCGACCACCGAUGAUUUGGAAACGAGGAAAUCCUAUUCAGACCAAAGGAGUGUCUCCCAGCCAAGCCCCACAAAUACAGAUCGAGGCGAUGAUGGGCUCAACUUGGAUGUCACUGGAACUCAGCUGGUGGAGAAAGAUAUAGAAAACCUGGCAAGAGAGGAACUGCAAAAAUUGCUUUUAGAGCAAAUGGAGCUCCGGAAGAAACUCGAGCGAGAAUUCCAAAGUCUCAAAGAUAAUUUUCAGGAUCAAAUGAAGAGGGAAUUGGCUUAUCGAGAAGAAAUGGUGCAACAGCUGCAAAUCGUCAGAGAUACCUUGUGCAAUGAACUGGACCAAGAGCGGAAGGCGCGCUAUGCCAUCCAGCAGAAACUAAAAGAAGCCCACGAUGCCCUGCACCACUUCUCCUGCAAGAUGCUGACACCUCGCCACUGUACUGGCAACUGCUCCUUCAAGCCCCCGCUGAUGCCCUAG